GGCAGUGAAUAGACGGCAAUCAUUAUGCAAAUCUGGUGUUGGGCCUGCCACGUAUAAAACAACCACACUGGUUCGCAAAUUCGAAUGCGGCAAACGCAAUGGCUUGUGCCAUCUAUCUGUCCGUUUACAUUACCCCUGCCACCCGUAUUUUGUUCCCCAGGGGGAGGAGGAAGUGGGGAGCUACUCUACUCUGCAAUCCGCGGCCAUGGCCUCCUACAUCUCAUCACUUUCAGUCCCUCAACCACGCAUUCUCUUCGUCUUCCCGCACGCGGAAGCCCUCUGUCUUGUUCACCGCUGCUGCUUCUGCUUCUUCUUCUUCCUUCGACCUGCCUCUUCCUCCCAUCGAUCACGACUCGCUGGACACAGUCUCAAUUGCAGAGGGAAAGGGGGUUGUUGAAACAUUUGAUAAUGAUGAUGAAGCCCUAGAUGCAGUUGACAAUGGGGUUGUGGUUGCGGACCUCUCACAUUUUGGCCGGAUUCGAGUCAGUGGAGAAGAUCGUGUUCAAUUUCUUCACAACCAAAGUACGGCAAAUUUUGAAUGUCUUCGUGAAGGACAGGGAUGUGACACUGUGUUUGGUACAGCAACAGCACGGACGAUAGAUAUUGCUCAUGCAUGGGUUAUGAAAAAUGCCAUUACACUGGUGAUUUCACCGGAGACCUGUGACACCAUAGCCAAUAUGCUUACAAAGUACAUAUUUUAUGCUGACAAGGUUGAAAUUCAAGACAUCACCAAGCAAACAUGCUUUUUUGUUCUAAUGGGACCUAAAAGUGAUCAAGUAAUGGAGGAUUUGAAUCUUGAUCAUCUUAUUGGGCAACCGUAUGGCACACAUCAACAUUAUAGUGUAAAUGGAAUGCCAAUAACUGUUGGGGUAGGAAAUAUAAUCACUGACAAGGGCUUUUCACUAUUGAUGUCGCCAACAGCUGCUGGAUCAGUGUGGAGAACUCUUCUAAACCAGGGUGCUAUCGCAAUGGGUUCUAAUGCAUGGGAAAAACUAAGAAUUUUCCAAGGAAGGCCAGCUCCUGGGAAAGAACUAACUAACGAAUUUAAUGUUCUAGAGGCUGGUCUGUGGAACUGUAUAUCUCUAAACAAAGGUUGUUAUAAGGGACAAGAGACUAUUUCUAGACUCGUAGCAUACGAUGGUAUCAAGCAAAAACUUUGGGGGAUUUGUCUACAAGCACCAGCAGAAGAAGGCAGCCAUAUUACAGUCAAUGGGAAAAAGGUGGGAAAAUUGACGAGCUAUGCAUCUGGAAGAAGGGGAUCAAAGCAUUUUGGUUUAGGCUAUGUCAAAAGGAAAGCUGCAUCAACUGGAGAUGCUGUAUUAGUUGGAGACAACAUUGUUGGCACACUGGUGGAAGUUCCUUUUCUUGCUCGGCUGUCACUGCCAUUGAAGAGCUCAGAUCUGUGAUUUCCAAUGUCAUGAAAAUCACAUCAUAGUGUUAGAAAGGAAAAAUUAUUAGGUUGGGCGGUUUCAUCAAGUCAUGUAUUAAACAAUAAAUCAAAAUUUUAGAUUGUGAAUUGUGAGAAAUUUUUGCUUGAAUGGAUAUCAAUUGAUCAGUUGAAAAUUAUUCAAUCAAAAGUUGUGAUUGAAUGUAAAUACAACACCUUUAGCACUGUAAAAUAACUACUAUUGAAUAGCGAAAGGAAGCUCAUGUUUGAGAGCUACUUUUACAUCA